CUAAAAGUAGAAGUUCUUACUAAAAUUCGUAUGCAUAAACUUAUACUUAUACUAUUAAGUAAAUACUUUAAAUUUUCCAGUAAAUACUUAGAAUAAAAAAAAAAUAGGCGGUGUCACUCAAUGAUGACAAAAUCUUCCCGACAUUAAAGCCGUGUGUGCGUAUUUUGUAAGUGAGACCUACAUAAAUCCCCCUAUUCUAUUAAAAUGAGUUCUUCUGAAUCUGAAUCAGAAAUUAUAGAAUCUGCCGAAAAGAGUAAUAAGCAAGAACAAUUUGUUUCAUUGCUUAAAAAGUGGCCGAUUUUAUUAAGUAAGUCGCAAACUCCAGCGAAAAGAGUACAAAAGAAGGAAGCUUUAAAAGAAUUUUCAAAUGCUUACCUAAAUAAUUGUGGGGAACAACUCACUAACGAAAAAAUAUUAAAAAAAAUUAACAAUAUGAAGACGGAACUAAAGAAGAAAUCAGAUAUGAAUAGGACCGGAAAUGAAAAAAACGUGCUGAAAUCCUGGGAGGAAACCUUAUUGAAAUUAAUAAAUGGCACUAAUGAAAAAAAUCCCACGAUUUAUCGAAUUCCAGGUGCUGCAGCUGCCGGAACUUCGAAAGAAGUGGAGGCAGUAGAAUUGAAUUCCGCCCAUAUAACUACUUUGCCAUUGCCACCCAAAAGAAAGUGUACAUCUACAGAACUAGCAGCAGAAACGGAUGAAACUAGAGUUCUAUCGCUUAGCGAGUUGCAAAGGCUAGUGUUAUUGGAACAGUUAAAAUUAAUAAAAAUGCAACAAAAAGAAAUUGAAAAUAAAAGAGAAAGGGAAUAAUUUUGUACGUC